GUCCGCAAAGCAACAUGUCCACCUCGCGGGAGAAGAAAGCGUGUCAAUUACUAGUGGUUCAAUUUUUUAGCCCCUUUGACCGGACGAAUGGCACCCACGUCUAGUUAAUUGCGGGAAAUCGAUCAUUGGCGGAAAAUGAGUUUUUCCGUAAAGAAAACUGGUGGCAGGAUGUGGCACGAGGCACGCAAGCAGGAGAAGAAAAUUCGCGGGAUGCUGGUUGACUAUCGUCGUAGAGCGGAACGUAGACGGGACUAUUAUGAGAAAAUCAAAUCAGAUCCUACACAGUUUCUUCAAUUACAUGGUAGACCGUGCAAAAUACACUUGGAUCCGGCAAUUGCUGCAGCAGGUGACAGUCCCGCAAACAUGAUGCCAUGGCAGGGGAAUGAGGACAAUCUUAUAGAUCGCUUUGACGUACGAGCGCAUCUCGAUUGGAUACCAGAAGCAUCUGAUACUAUUGACGUUGAUAUUGCUUUGACAAGCGAAGAUAGACAUAUCAACUAUGAACGCUACCGCAUAAUUGUACAAAAUGAAUUUCUAGGUGUGACUGAAGAAAAAUUUCUUCAUCAAAUACAUUUGGAAGAGCAAUUUGGUUCUACAAAAUUAGAUUCUGCAAAAGAUAAGAAAAAAUCUGCUAAUAACGCUGCCAUCGGAUAUAAUUACGAAACCGAAGAGCCAAUACCUGAGCCAGUUAAGCCAGUAGAUCCAGUUGUGACUGAAGAAAAGGGAGACGAUGAAGAUAGCGAUAUAGAUUUAGAUAUAUGUGUGGAUGUGUCGCAAAUAGAACCAUCUCAGGCACACGAAAUGAAUCUGACAGCUCAAAAAUAUGGACUUUUAGGUGCUGACUACUUUAGCUUUUUGACACAAGAUUUCGAAGAAGCUGAAACUUUGCGACAAGCUCGGAAGCAAGAGGAGGAGAAAGCUAUGUACUCGGGUCGACGAUCGCGCAGAGAGCGACGUGCGUUCAGGGAAAAGAAAAUGAUUGGUCGCAUUAUGAGUCCGCCUAGUUAUGCGGCCAGAGAAAGCCCAGAAUAUAAUCCAUAUAGAAAGUCCUCUUCUAAAUCAAGAUCGCGGUCCGCAUCGCCUGUAAAUACUGGACAGAUUACUUACAUCACAAGCUUCGGCGGGGAAGAAGAAACUCACAGUAGCACAUCACACGUAUCUUCGUCGAAUUCAAGGAAAGUCAAUUAUUCGUACCUUAGACGACGAAGAUCGGACAGUCCUACUUUCAAUGAAAGAACCGUCAAUAAGAAAAUGUCGAAAUCUAGAUCGAGAAGUUGUUCACGUUCUGUUAGCAGGACUAAAUCUUAUAGAACACGCGAUAGGAAGCGAAGUGGAUCUAGAAUAAGAUCUAGAAGAACACGCUCGAGACCUCGAAAGUACACAAGAUCCCGAACAAGAAGCCGAUCCAGACGUUCACGAACGCGAAGUAAAUCACGAUCGCGUUGUAGAAGUGUCAGUAGAUCGCGAUCGCGUUCAGUUUCUCGGUCUAGAACCAGAUCCAGGUCUCGUUCGCGUUUAAAAAGAUCAAGAAGUUCAUCUUCGAGCAGUGUAUCGAAAUCAAGAUCGAGAUCCAAAUCGCGUAAUAGAAGCCACUCGAGAGACAGUUAUCGGAAACGACGCUAUUCACCGUCCAAGUCAAAGUCAAAGUCUCGCUCGAGGUCGAAGUCUCCGACAAAAUCUAGGUCAAGAUCGAGAAGUCAAUCUAGCUGUAAGCGAUCGCGAAGCGACGAAAAUAAGACGCCAGCACUGCCAAGGUAUUACGGACGACGUGGAAAAUCGUCGAGUCUUGAAUUAGAAUUGUCCGAUAAUGAAGAAAAAUCCAGUGCAACUACAGCGAGGACAUCAAUUAACACAAGCACGAACAAGCCAAAAGCAGGGUUAAGUACAAAUUCUGGUGGCGGACACAAAUCACUGAAAAUCACACCUCAGGAGCGGCUUAAGAAGAAAAUGCAGGCUCUGUUGAAUAGACAAUAUAAAGCUGAUAAGAAAGCUGAGCAAUUAAGAAUUGAAAAAAUGGAGCAACAGAGACAAGAUCGGGAGGAUGAGAUUCGAGAAAUGUCUUUGAAACUGCGCAGAAAACAGAGAGAGCGAAGGCAUCGUUACGAAGGCCACAGUUCGGACACGCGUUCUUCUGUAUCUCGCACACCAAGCCCGAGUCGUAGCCCGAGACAUCAUGUCGUGCGUCGCGAGAGGCGAGAUUUGGACGGCGAUCGCGAACGAGAUAGAGAAAGAGAUCGACGCGACGAUCGCGACCGGAGUAGAACGGAAUCGCGUAGAAAAUACAGAGACUCACCGCUUCGCUCAUUAAGUCCAAGGAGCAGUCGAGGCCUAGUCGACUAUUGACUUCAGGACGCAUGUUUAAUCUUCCAUCCAAAUAAUUUGAAACAGACAUUUUGGAUACUUCCUGUUCAACUGCAUUCCUUCCUUAAAAUGUUGUUGACGUCUUUUGAAGUCACAUAUUAAAAGAAAAAUACAUAAAACCACAAGAUUAACUGUUUCUAAAAUGCGUCACAAAUUAGCGUGAUCUUAAUCCGCUUUAUAAUAUAUCAAACAAAUAGAAGUACUUGUAUAAGCGCAAUAUUUCUCCAGCACGAAUGUAUUCGCGAUGCAUGUAUAAGAAUUAGCAUAAUUAAUAUUAUUGCGAGAAUGUUUAUAACUUUUAUUUCACGCAAAGAAAGAGUACGCUCUUCUUGUAUCGAAAAUAUGUUACUGUUGUAUUUUAGAAUUGAGUACACUUCGCUAAUAAAUAUAUUGUUGAUUAGAUAAUUAUUCAAUAAUAAAGAUGCUCAUUGCCUAACAGGGGAAAA